GUCGCGACGCCGCACAAUCCUCAGUUCGUCCUGACGCGGGGAGAAUCAGUGGACACGAAGAGGACCGAACGUGCGAGAGGUUUACUCGCGUUCCACGGAACGUCUCUUAGACGACAACUGUGCCAGUAGGUGUUCCUCUAUCGAUAAAAACGAUGAAGAAGAUGGUCGUCGAUGGAUCAACCCGCCAACUAUCAUGGCCAUUGCUAUUGGUUGGCCUUCUGCAAGCUGCCUCAGCUUUAAUUAAAGGGAAUUCCGAUUAUCAGCACUAUCAGCAACAGCUACCCGGAGAUCAUUUUGCGAAGGACUUCCACCGCACCAAUCUGAAAAAUGGCUUUCUAAACCCUUAUUCGCGUUCGAAACCCGUCACAGAUUGCAUGUUCGUCACAACGGAGCCUGGAUCGUUCGUAUAUACUUCGAAAACCAACGACGAGGAAGUCUGCGGCGUUUAUUUUCUGGCCGGUCCUGAUCAAAACGUGGAAAUUAAUUUCGUGAAUUUCGAAGUACCCUGCGAGCACCACGGACUCAUAUCGGUCGUGGACGGCUGGGAAUUGAACGGAGAAGUAUUCCCUAGCGAAAUGGAUCAUCGAUUACCGCUGACGCAAAGGAAUAGCGAGUUCUGUGGCAAAAGUCUUAGGGGAAAGCGAACCUUCGUAAGUUCGCAGAAUGUUGCAGUCAUUCGGUACAGAAUUCCCGCGCCUGGGAAAGGUUUCACAGUCUAUGCAAGAUUUGUCAGGAAUCCCAGGCCAUGUAAUGUCUUGGCAGCGAGUCUCUCCGAGCCCUUCACGCUUCGCAAUUACGGUAGACGCAUAAAUUGCACCUACGUUGCAUUGUACCCAGGAACUGUGGAGAUAAUCGCCCUAGGAGUUGGAGUUACGAAUCUACUCGGGUCUAUUCGCACGACUGAGACAGGAACUCUGCGAAAAUGUGACGAAACCAGUCCGCAUGACCAAGUAGUAAUCGGAGGCAGCGAUGGUUUAGACACCACUAAGGUACAGAUAGUAGAUUCUGUCUGCGGGAUGAAUUCUAAAUCAGACUACAGCGAGCUGGUAGAAUACAGCGUUACUUCAGUGCGGUUAAUAUCUAGUGGCUUCUUCGAGAACUCCGUGACUGUACACAUUCAACCUGUCAAAGACGAACUGCUCGAUACAAAUGUUAAUUUUUAAUUCUUAAAUGGAAAAUAUCCACCAUCGAUGUUUAAAAUUAUAAAACCUCAUGGAUUCAUUCCCUUAUGGAUAAAGCAGCAAAAAUUCUGGUACUUAGUAGUGCCAGUAUAGUCGUAUUCGUUUUGUCUAAUAAAUUCUGAAAAUUGAAUUCAUUUCUCCAAAUAUAUUCGAGAUAUUUAAUUACUAUUAUUUAUUAUACUUUCAUAAAACAUGAUUCGAUGUACAAGUUUAUUAAUUGUAUAUUUGUGCGUGUGUGUGCCUGUGUGCGUGUGCGAGUGCGUUUAAUUGCGAAGUGAUUUUAAUUAAUAGACUGAAUUAAUUUAAAAGCUCAUGUUAUAUUGUCAGUUAUGUAAACCAAUCGUAGAAUUUGUAUUGAGUGCAAACUUAGGUGUCCUUUAAAAAUGUUCAUAAUUUGAUAUUGUGCAACUUGUGAUAAAUGGAUGUCGAUACCUGUUAAUAUAGAUUUCGCUUUUAUAGUAGAAUAGCCGCUGAAAUGUUUUAGAACUAUAGAGAAAGGCCUCGAUUUUUAUUUUUGUAGGAUACAAAAUUAGAACAACGUAACUAAUAGAUUAAGCAUGUAUACUUCUUUCAACAAGUCGAUUAAAUACAUGUUAAUUAUUCCUGGAA